AUGGAUGAUGCAUACAUACGUAUAGAGAAUUUCUGUCUGUAUUAUGAACGUGAUGGACAUUCUUUUGUUACAUUAAUUGAGCAGCCAUCCGUUCAAACAAUAGUCCAUGAUCAAUGGUCUGCUUUCUUUCUUUCCUCAGCCUUUUUCUCAAUAACAUUCAGCGUCCAGACAGACGAUGUGUUGUCUACAUCAUAUGAUAGAUUUUGUAACAAGCACAUACCUCAUCGAUAG